AUGGCAUCUUAGCUAGAGGAGAAUCUCUUGGUGGGAAAUACUUUGUCUGACUUUGGAAUGACAGCAACGGAAUUAUCGUAAAAGAUAUAACGAAUAUUAAAGCAACUUGUUUAUUCCAGACAAUGUGAGAGAUGGAUCAAGUUUGGUAUAGUUGGGAAGACAUGGAAAGAUAGAUGGGUUGAUGAAGAAGUUGAGGACAGAUCCAAAGGUAUAUCAGAAAAUAUAUAUGUAUAGAAAGGGUUAGAUAGCAGUAAUAUCAAUGAUAUGGAAUUGAGAGUCAAGAAGUAAGAUAUGUGUAUUUGAUUAUAGUUUUGGUGACAACAAGCCUGAAAUAAAAGAACCAAAGACGCUUUUGGAAUAUGUAAGAUUAUGAGUUUGAUUUAUCAGAUCCUUGAAAACUUUGAAGAUCCGAUGCUUAGAAUACUGUGUUUGGCUGCAGCUGUGAACUUGAUUAUAGGUGUAUGGACAGAAGGAUGGAAAGAAGUAUUGAUUAAUAAGAUUUGAUUAGGGAUGGAUGGAUGGAAUGGCAAUUUUUAUAGCAGUUAUUAUAAUCGUAUCAGUUACAGCAGGAAAUAAUUAUGUGAAAGACUAGUAAUUCAGAAAAUUGAAUGCAAUAGCAGAAAAUAGAAAUGUGAAUGUAAAAAGAGGUGGUAAAAUAGUGAGCACUAACAUAUAUGAAUUGGUUGUUGGAGACAUUAUGAUUGUUGAUACAGGUGAGAAGUUGCCUGUUGACGGAGUUGUUAUAGAAUCAAGUGAUUUAACAGCAGAUGAGUCUUCAGUUACAGGAGAAACAAAUCCGAUUAAAAAGAAUGUUCCACUCUAAUAUUAAUAGCAAGAGAAAAGUAAUCCAUUUUUGAUAAGUGGUUCAUCAAUCAUUGAAGGUACAGGUGAAAUUCUCAUCUUGGCAGUUGGAGAGAAUUCGUAAUGGGGAAUUUCUAAAAAAUUAAUGACUCAAUAAGCUAAAGAUGAUAAAACACCUUUGUAAGAGAAAUUGGGAAUUUUGGCUGAUUAAAUUGGUGAAUAUGGGUUAAAAGCAGCUGUAACUACAUUUAUUGCAAUGACACUUCAUUUACUCUAUGAUGCAGUGUUUAAUGAAUAUCCCUUGUUCUCUGCUCAUGCCGUAAAAGAAAUACUCAAUUUCUUCAUUGUCUCAGUUACAAUUAUUGUAGUUGCUGUCCCUGAAGGAUUACCAUUGGCGGUUACAAUAGCUUUGGCAUAUUCUGUUGGUAAAAUGAAGGAUGAAAAAAAUCUCGUUAGAUUUUUAUCUGCAUGUGAAACUAUGGGAGGAGCAAACAAUAUUUGCAGUGAUAAAACUGGUACAUUGACUGAAAAUAAAAUGACUGUCACCAAUUUAUAUGUUGAAGAUACUGAUUUUAGUAAGUUAGAUCCUAAAGCCAUUAAAAAUUCAACUUUAGAAUUACUAUGUGAAGGCAUCUGUUUGAAUUCUAUGGCACAUCCAUAAAUAGAUGAAUCUGGUAAGUUUGAGCAUAUUGGUAAUAAAACUGAAUGUGCAUUAUUGGAAAUGAGUUACAAAUUUGGAUAUGAUUUCAGAUAGAUUAGAUAGAAUAUGGGAGAAAAGAUCAAAAAGAAGUUCCCUUUCAGUUCAGAGAAAAAGAAGAUGACAAUCAUUUUAGAUCCAAAAGGAGACAAGACUUAAUUCAAAAUUUAUACUAAAGGUGCUCCAGAUAUGCUUUUAGAUAAAUGUUCUCAUUACAUCAAUGCUGAAGGCAAGGCAGUUGUGUAAUUAUAAUUUAUUACAUUUUUAGAAUUACCAAUGAUUAUAAACAAAAAAUUAAUAGUGUUAUCAAGAAUUACGCAUCCUAAUCAUUAAGAUCAAUCUUAUUGUUGUAUAGAGAAACCAUGAUCUAAGGAAGACCAUCAAAACCAGAAGAAUUUAAUAAUGUGGAAGAUAUGAUUGACAAAUCUUAUACAAUCAUUGGAGUGACUGGCUUAUAAGAUCCAUUGAAAGAGGGAAUCAUCAAAGCAGUCUAAUAAUGUAAGGAAGCAGGAGUUACUGUAAGAAUGGUUACAGGUGAUAAUUUUGAUACUGCAGUUGCCAUUUCUAAGAAGGCAGGAAUCUUGCCACCAAAUUAUGAACAUCAUGAGGAUUCACUUGCUGUAAUGGAAGGAAAGACCUUCAGAUAAAUGGUUGAAGGAUUGGAGUAUGAAAAAGAUGAACAAGGAAAUGAAAUACCAAAAGUGAAGAAUUUAUAGAAUUUCACUACAAUUGCUUAAGAAUUAAGAGUCUUAGCCAGAUCUUCUCCAGAAGACAAGUUUUUAUUGGUCACUGGUCUGAAAUAACUUGAGAAUGUUGUAGCAGUAACAGGAGAUGGUACAAAUGAUGCACCAGCAUUAAAAAAGGCAGAUGUAGGUUUUGCUAUGGGAAUCUAAGGAACUGAAGUUGCUAAGGAAGCAGCAGGUAUUAUCCUUCUAGAUGACAAUUUUGCUUCAAUUGUAACAGCCAUGAAAUGGGGUAGAAAUAUCUUCGAUUGCAUCAGAAAGUUCCUUGUAUUUUAAGUAACUGUCAAUGUGGUUGCAGUAUCUAUGGCAUUCUUGGGAGGAGUCUUCUUAAAGGAGUCUCCCUUAACAAGUAUUCAAAUGUUGUGGGUUAAUCUUAUUAUGGAUACAUUGGCAUCUUUGGCAUUGGCCACUGAACCUCCCACUGAUGAAUUAUUGACACGUAAACCAUAUGGAAGAAAAGAACACAUGAUCACACCAGGAAUGUGGAGGAGUAUCAUAUGUCAAGCAGCAUUUUAACUCUUUGUUCUUUUGAUCGUUUUAUUCAGUGGAGACUCCAUUUUUGGUAUUGAAUCUAGUAGAGGACAUAGAUUGGAUGAAGAAUAUAAGUAUCUAUAAAACAUUAUCUUAUUUUAGCCCUGUCUAUCAAGAACAUUAUACUAUCUUCUUCCAUAUUUUUGUGUUCUUGUAAGUCUUCAAUGAAAUCAAUGCUAGAAAAUUGAAAAAGACUGAAUUGAAUGUAUUUGAUGGGUUCUUUAACAACUAUCUUUUCAUAUGCGUUAUUGUUGGAACUAUUAUUGUUCAAAUUCUUAUUGUGUAAAUUUUCAGCUUAUAAUCUCAUUAGUUAAUUUGGUGGAAAAGCAAUCAAAGUCACUCCCCUUGAUUUUGCCCAUCAUGUCGCUUGCAUUAUUAUUGGAAUGUGUAGUUUGGGUGUUGGAUACUGUAUUAAAUAAAUCCCUGAUCAAUACUUCUAAUCCAUUGAAUUAUUUAAGGAACAAGUUGCCCCUGAAGCUGAUCCUGAUACNAAUCAUCAAAGCAGUCUAAUAAUGUAAGGAAGCAGGAGUUACUGUAAGAAUGGUUACAGGUGAUAAUUUUGAUACUGCAGUUGCCAUUUCCAAGAAAGCAGGAAUCUUACCACCAAAUUAUGAGCAUCAUGAUGAUUCACUUGCUGUAAUGGAAGGAAAGACCUUCAGAUAAAUGGUUGAAGGAUUGGAGUAUGAGAAAGAUGAACAAGGAAAUGAAAUACCAAAAGUGAAGAAUUUAUAGAAUUUCACUACAAUUGCUUAAGAAUUAAGAGUCUUAGCCAGAUCUUCUCCAGAAGACAAGUUUUUAUUGGUCACUGGUCUGAAAUAACUUGAGAAUGUUGUAGCAGUAACAGGAGAUGGUACAAAUGAUGCACCAGCAUUAAAAAAGGCAGAUGUAGGUUUUGCUAUGGGAAUCUAAGGAACGGAAGUUGCUAAGGAAGCAGCAGGUAUUAUCCUUCUAGAUGACAAUUUUGCUUCAAUUGUAACAGCCAUGAAAUGGGGUAGAAAUAUCUUCGAUUGCAUCAGAAAGUUCCUUGUAUUUUAAGUAACUGUCAAUGUGGUUGCAGUAUCUAUGGCAUUUUUGGGAGGAGUCUUCUUAAAGGAGUCUCCCUUAACAAGUAUUCAAAUGUUGUGGGUUAAUCUUAUUAUGGACACAUUGGCAUCUUUGGCAUUGGCCACUGAACCUCCAACUGAUGAAUUAUUGACACGUAAACCAUAUGGAAGAAAAGAACACAUGAUCACACCAGGAAUGUGGAGGAGUAUUAUAUGUCAAGCAGCAUUUUAACUCUUUGUACUUUUGAUCGUUUUAUUCAGUGGAGACUCCAUUUUUGGUAUUGAAUCUAGUAGAGGACAUAGAUUGGAUGAAGAAUAUAAGUAUCUAUAAAACAUUAUCUUAUUUUAGCCCUGUCUAUCAAGAACAUUAUACUAUCUUCUUCCAUAUUUUUGUGUUCUUGUAAGUCUUCAAUGAAAUCAAUGCUAGAAAAUUGAAAAAGACUGAAUUGAAUGUAUUUGAUGGAUUCUUUAACAACUAUCUUUUCAUAUGCGUUAUUGUUGGAACUAUUAUUGUUCAAAUUCUUAUUGUGUAAAUUUUCAGCUUAUAAUCUCAUUAGUUAAUUUGGUGGAAAAGCAAUCAAAGUCACUCCCCUUGAUUUUGCCCAUCAUGUCGCUUGCAUUAUUAUUGGAAUGUGUAGUUUGGGUGUUGGAUACUGUAUUAAAUAAAUUCCUGAUCAAUACUUCUAAUCCAUUGAAUUAUUCAAGGAACAAGUUGCCCCUGAAGCUGAUCCUGAUACGAUAUAGGUAUAUCGAUGAAUUCUAUCAUUUUUAAGGGAAAAAUGAAAAGACCUUCCACUUUCCUUAGAAAGAAGAGAGCCAUAGAAAAUAAAUAGCCAAGGAAGGGUUCAUAAGAAAUAGAAUUGAAGGCUGGAACUAGUGGUUUUAAACAAUGAAAUUUUAUUAUUUAAGAUUGAGAAUAUAAUUUAUAAAAUUACAA